CACAAAAAUUAAUAACAAUUAAAGCACUAACUUCUACGUAAUAAAUCUUGUGAAUGUCGAUUACAUGCAUAGCGUACCUUUAAUAUCAACCCUACCAAAAAUAAGUUAGCAAAUAAAAAAAUCAGCCGUGUAAACUUCGUGCCGUAUAGCCCUGUGAGCCGCACUAGCUCCCAGCAGUACUCGCACAAAACGGUCACAAUGCUUGAUGAUGCUGAGAAUUUCGCGGAUAUUUUCCGCGGUGGACUGCCAUAUCUUCUAAUUGCACUGCCAAUUUUACUCAUCUGCUCAGCUAAUCCUGUAUUAGCAUCCAGCGAAUUCUCGGUGCAACGCAUGUCGCAGUUCGAUGUGAAUGGAGUAGCUUAUGGAUGCCGUGCGUCUGCUUUGUCCCUAGAAGCGAAAUCGCUUUAUACUUGGAGCACGGGCAGGCACUGUGUGUUGACUAAAUUACAAGAUUUGACAAUCGACCAGUUCCGCGAGAUACGCCAAAAAGCUGGUGGUUUAGUUAUACUCUUACCGAAGAACGUAAGCUCAAUGACAUUUGAUGAAAAGGAGCAUCUCAACCUGUUGGAGCAAGCUAUGCUGGCACAACCAAACUCCAUACCUAUUUACUUCUCGCCAUACAACCUGGAGUUAGAGCGUAUUAUAACAGACGUCACACGAACCAGCAGCAACAAUGUAGAAGGCAAAUCGCAGCGUAAUUCCGCUGCAUCAGAACUAUUUGCCUCGAUCUCUGCCAACGGCUAUCAGGUUAUUGUGUCUGGAGCCAGCCAUGUGGCUAGCAAGAAUAGUAGAAUUCCCAUUAUACAAGGUGAAUUAGCAACAACUACAAAAUUAAUAAAACAGGUAGACGGUGGAAAUGAGGUGAAUAACAAAUUACCGCUGAUUAUUGUUACAUCGCAUCUCAACACAUUCGGACUCUACAAUGAAUACCCAUUAAACGCUGAUGCCGCUGUAUUACUGACACUCGCAGAUUUAUUUAGCAAAAUGCAUAAUACGCCAAAUGCAAUACCUAAGUACCGGCUCUUAUUUCUACUCACAGAAUCGGGAACGCUGCUAAAUUUCCAGGGCAUUAAAAAGUGGCUUGAUGAGAAUGUACAACUUCAGAACGUUGAUUUCGUGCUUUGCUUGGAUACGAUUACUCAGGCUUUGAACGCUGACACAGGCAGUCUUUAUAUGCACGUCUCGAAACCACCUAAAGAGGGAACGGCCAUGAAUGAUUUCUUUAAACUACUUAAAACAUUGUCUGCGCAAUACUACAAUGUCACCGUAGACGGUGUGCACAAGAAAAUUAAUUUAGCCGAUCAGCAACUAGCCUGGGAGCAUGAACGUUUUAGCAUGAAGCGUUUACCUGCCUUCACAAUAUCCGCACUGAAAUCCCCUAAAGAACCAAUACGUUAUACUAUUUUUAAAGAUUCAGAUGCGCACAUCAUUGCGCAAACGCAGCAGCAUGCCAAAAUUAUCGCUGAAUCCUUGGCGCAUUAUAUUUAUGGCAUACAGGAGCCAAAUGAGAUAUUUGCUAAUGAAUUGCAAAUUAGCCAAAACCUUAUCAAAUGUUACCUGCAGUUAAAAUCCGCGCUACACAAUAACGACCUGAGAAACGCCUUCGAAAAGUACCUAAAGAAUGUGAAAAUCAUGUAUGAUAAGCCUGAUACACGUGAUCCAGACUUUAUGUUCUACGAUGGUCAAGAAGCGCGUCUAAAUGUAUAUCACGUAAAGCCUGCCGUAUUUGAUCUCUUUCUAACUAUACUCAUUUGCGCGUAUUUGGCAUCAGUAUACUUUGUCAUACAAUAUUUCCCGACAUUAUACGAUACAGUUUGCAAAAUGACCAAAGCGCCCGCGCAACCGGCGCAAACGAAUUCUAACAAUACAAAGUCAAAAGUAUAUUAAAUAAUACUUAAAUUCAAUUAUUUAAAGAUAUGUAUCCAAAUAUGUAAAGAGACGUUUUCUUGUACGUGCGUAUAAGGCAAAUGAGAAAUUGCAACCAAAAAGUUGUGUAUAGUAUAGAAAAAGAUGUACUUUUGUAAAACGAGACUCGCGUAAGAUAAGUGCUAAAAUCUGUAAUUCAUUUAUUGUUGAAUACGUGAUUUGAAAUAGAAAGGGGAAAGGUUGUUAGGAUUAAAAUAAAACGGCUAAGCGGGAAUGCUAACUUGGUUGAAAGGGCUGGACAACGCGAACAAGCUUGAUGGUGAGAAAGGCAUAAUAUCUACUUAAAUUCCAUGUAAGAAAUUGUGUUGUGUUGCCUGCGUACGCGGCUUCGUUAAUACUUCUAUAUCAAUUGAGUGAAUUGAUGGAUAUCAUUUCGGGAAUUGAAACAUCCAUACAAUGCAUUUGGCACACACUUUCAAACCCACCAACGCAUUUACUCCAUUCAUCCUUACACACACACACACUACGCAUCUGCAUUUAUGGGCUAGAUGAUUUUAUGCGUUGAACAAUUUGGGCAACAGUUACAGCAAGCGUAGCAGCAGAACCGAAAGCAAUAUUUAUUAAUAAUACUUUAAAAAAGAAAUUACAACAAUAAUUAAAGAAUAAUAGUAGCCAAAUAUUGUUUUUUCCUUUUCAAAUUGUUUUAUUUUAAAAUUAUCUUUAAAUAGCUUCAAUUAGUAAACACUAGCGCCGCUAAUGGUUAAAUUGUUCUUAUUUUUACAUUGACUACUUUAAACAGAAGUAACUGAA